GCAAAGGAGAAAAUAUUUGCAUUUGUAUAAAUAUACAUAAAACUGUGAUUAUCUAUGUUUGUAUCUAACAUGAAAUUCAUAAUUUAUUUCGUCAAGUAUUUGACAUUGUAAUUGUUAGCCAAUCACUUAAAAUUCCUAGACCUUCCAUGUUCAUGUGUUUAUAAUUUUGUAAUCAUUUCAUCCAAUACCUUUUUUCAUGUUGAAGUCUGGCAUUUUUUUCUCCCUCACUUACAGUAAGAUUUCGAGCAGAUACUUUGUGAGUGCUUUCGCUGCCCCAUUCUGUAACUUCCCUUCUUUCGUCUGUUCAUGAGGCUCGAAAAAGAGAGAAAGGGGCAGCCAUCUAGCGGGAGUGGUUUUGGCGUUUGCCACAAGGCCCCUAUAAAAUAUAGUUAUUAAGUUUUUAUUAUUAUUGGGAACAAUUUAUUUUCUAGUUUUCUGACUAUUCUUUUGUGGUGUUGUGUACAUAGAGGACUAGCAGUUUGAGGACACAUGAUGUGUUUGUAAAUUCCAUGGAAGUUCUGGUGGCACUCACAUUUUUCAUGCCAUUUGCUUAAGCAACGGUGUUCAACCUUGAUCUGAGGAGUAACUUCGUGUGUGUCAGAUCUGGAGAAGUUAUCUUCGUAUGAUGGUUAACCAUUCAGUAUCAUGAAAAAGUUUUACAUUUUUCUUUUUUACUAUAUGAUCAUUGAAUAUUUUAUUUACUAAAUCAGAUUUGUAGUUUGUAUUGGUAGUCGGUGGGCUGUAUGUUGGUCGCCGCUAUCCUUUUUCCUUGUAUCAUUCGGACUUGGUUAGAUGUGUAAUGCAUAUAUAAAUUAGUUGCAUCCUUGUGCUUUUAAAAAGAGUCUUCUGAAAGGAUGUCUGUUAUGCUGUUUCAGGUUGUACACUAAGUAUGGAUUUUCGGAAGUGUGUAUCUUUUGGUGAUGCACCACCUGUAAGUAUGGCACCAUUGAAUUUUUUGAAUAAGGUGCACUUAAAGGCUCAGUUUGAAGAACAGGAGAGAGCGGCCAACUAUACAGUCAUGGAGGAUGUGGAUGUUGACCUCAGAGAAGUGUAUUUUCUCAUUAUGCAUUUUUUAUCAGCUGGCCCAUGCCAGAGAACUUUUGGACUCUUGUGGAAUGAACUUCUGGAACAUCAGCUUCUGCCUAGGAGAUAUCACGCAUGGUAUUCAAGGGGUGGUGUACUUAGUGGGGAUGAAAAUGAUGAUGGAAUCUCUUUCCCUUUAGAUCAUGAUAAUUUGGUUGAAAGGUAUUCUCACAUUGAUAAGAAUCAUUUGGUAAAGCUGCUUAAACAGCUGAUACUGAGCGUGGCGCCUCCGUUGCGAUGCAUGGGUGGAAGGAAUGCUCCUAGUGCAUCUGAUGUUCCUACGCUGCUUGGAACUGGUUCCUUUUCACUUCUGGAGUAUUCUCACAUUGAUAAGAAUCAUUUGGUAAAGCUGCUUAAACAGCUGAUACUGAGCGUGGCGCCUCCGUUGCGAUGCAUGGGUGGAAGGAAUGCUCCUAGUGCAUCUGAUGUUCCUACGCUGCUUGGAACUGGUUCCUUUUCACUUCUGGAGUGGAAUAGAAAAAAGGAAAAAAAGGAAGUCAAGCAUCUGCCAUCUUACCUUCGUUGGCCUCACAUGCAGGCAGAUCAGGUGCGUGGCCUAAGUUUUAGGGAAAUUGGAGGUGGUUUUGCGAAACACCAUCGUGCUCCAUCUAUUCGCUUCGCAUGUUAUGCCGUUGCUAAGCCAUCAACUAUGGUGCAAAAGAUGCAAAAUAUAAAGAGGCUAAGGGGACACCGGGAUGCUGUCUAUUGUGCAAUAUUUGAUCGCUCUGGAAGAUAUGUGAUUACUGGAUCGGAUGAUCGUCUGGUCAAGAUUUGGUCAAUGGAAACCGCAUUUUGCCUAGCCAGCUGCCGUGGACAUGAAGGUGACAUCACUGACUUGGCCAUUAGUUCAAACAAUGCUUUGGUGGCAUCUGCUUCAAAUGACUACACAAUUCGAGUAUGGCGCUUGCCUGAUGGAUGUCCAAUUUCAAUUUUGCGCGGACAUACAGCAGCUGUUACUGCCAUUGCAUUCAGUCCCAGGCCCAGCUCUAUGUACCAGCUUUUAUCGUCAUCUGAUGAUGGGACUUGUCGGAUCUGGGAUGCUAGGCAAAUCCAAUGUAGCCCACGCAUUUACCUGCCAAAGCCAACAGAUACUGUUGCUGGAAAGACCUAUGGAUCCUCAAGUAGUAUUCCCUCCUCAAGUAAUGGUCCACAGGGGCAUCAAAUAUUAUGUUGUGCCUACAAUGCUAAUGGAACUGUCUUUGUCACUGGGAGCUCCGAUACUUUUGCAAGGGUUUGGAGUGCUUGUAAAUCCAGUACGGAUGACUCAGAGCGACCAAAUCAUGAGAUUGAUGUAUUGGCCGGGCAUGAGAAUGAUGUCAAUUAUGUGCAGUUCAGUGGCUGUUCUGUGGCUUCAAGAUCUUCAAUGCCUGAUUCGUUUACAGAGGAGAACUUUCCGAAAUUCAAGAAUUCCUGGUUCAGUCAUGACAAUAUUGUUACCUGUUCCCGUGAUGGCAGUGCAAUUAUUUGGAUUCCAAGAUCGCGCCGUUCUCAUGGAAAGGUUGGACGCUGGACCCGGUCUUAUCAUCUCAAAGUUCCUCCUCCUCCAAUGCCGCCUCAGCCUCCACGAGGAGGUCCACGUCAGAGACUUCUUCCAACUCCUCGGGGUGUUAACAUGAUUGCGUGGAGCCUGGAUAAUCGCUUUGUUCUUGCUGCCAUCAUGGAUUGUAGAAUAUGCGUUUGGAAUGCUAGUGAUGGUAGCUUGGUACAUUCGUUGACUGGUCACAGUGCAUCUUUAAUGCGGAAGCAACAUACUCAGAUUUCCUCUUUUAAGCGCCAUCUAAUUCGAGUUGAAGUCAAUUGUGAGCUUGCUGCUUCUUUGCUUGGUUUCCUGGAUCAAGCGUUCCUGUGCUUAGCAAAGAGAGCUUUGAGUCUACGGGGAGUUGGUUUGAUAGACAGCAGUCUUCUUCAAAAAUCUUCUGGCUCACUGCUUUGCUAUCCUUGGCAGACUUAUGUUUUGGACGUUCAUCCCUUUAACCCCCGAAUAGCUAUGAGUGCUGGGUAUGACGGGAAGACUAUAGUGUGGGAUAUUUGGGAAGGCACACCCAUUCGGAUUUAUGAGAUUGGACGCUUUAAGUUGGUUGAUGGAAGGUUUUCUCCGGAUGGGACAUCAAUUGUACUUUCAGAUGAUGCUGGACAAAUUUAUCUGCUAAACACUGGCCAAGGCGAGUCUCAGAGUGAUGCCAAAUAUGAUCAGUUUUUCCUUGGGGAUUACCGCCCACUUAUCCUGGACACUAAUGGAAAUGUUCUUGAUCAGGAGACACAGCUUAUUCCACAUCGAAGAAAUAUUCAGGAUCCUCUUUGUGACGCAAGUAUGCUUCCGUAUCCAGAGCCUUAUCAGAGUAUGUACCAGCGGCGUCGGCUUGGAGCAUUGGGUAUCGAGUGGCGCCCUUCUUCCAUAAAAUUUGCUAUUGGCACAGAUGUUGGUUUGGGCCAAGAAUAUCAAAUAUUACCCUUGGCAGAUUUGGACAUAGUGAUCGAUCCACUACCAGAGUUUUUAGAUGCCAUGUAUUGGGAACCAGAAAAUGAUGUCAUUAAUGAUGACACUGAUUCAGAAUACAAUGUUCCUGAGGAAUAUUCUAGUGAAGAUGAGCAGGGAAGUUCAAAUGACAGCUCCUCUAGUGAUCCAGAGCACAGUGAAGGUGGUAAUGAACAGAGCCAGAAAGAUGGCAUUCGCAGAUCAAAGAGGAAAAAACCUCGAGCAGAAGUUGAGUCGAUGACUUCCUCGGGAAGGCGCGUUAAGAGGAGAACUUUGGAUGACGAUGAUCACACUACAUCAAGGGCAAGAAGAACUAAGAAAUCAAGAAGUGGUCUGAAUUCUUCAAAGAGGAAGUCUUCCAAAGUGAAGUCAUUGAGACCUCAACGAGUUGCUGCACGCAAUGCCAUAAACUUUUUCUCACAGAUUACUGAAGGUUCUACAGAUGGAGAAGAUGAAGAUUGCUCAGAAGAAGAUUUUUCAGAAAGUGAGUUAUUGCUACAAAAUUCAAACAUUCGGGCUAAUGGACCCAAUGACGACUUGCAGAAUGUGGUAGAGAAAUAUUCGAAAGGUGAACAAGCAACCUUGGAUGAGUCUGAGAAUGUAGUCAAGCCUCCUAAUGACAUUGAAUCUCAGGCAAAUGUUGGAAAUAGGAAGAGAUUGGUCCUAAAACUUUCUCUUCGCAAUUCAAAGAAGUCUGUGCCAUCGGAAAACAUCAGAACCCUAUCUGACAAUCAGGUUGAUAUAGCUUCUUCAUCUUCUAGACCUAACGAGGAAGACUUGAUUUUCUCAAGGGCAGGGGAUCUUGGGUCAUCUUCAAAUGCGAUUGAUUUGGAGCCAUCUGAAGACUACAACCAAACUAAAUUUAGAGAUAAUGAGAAUCUUAAAAAAGAUGAGGAUCAGUUACAGGUGUCUGCAGGUUACAAGGAUUCCCAAAUCAGAUGGGGGGAGGUCAAAGCCCGCACAUCCAAGCGAAUGAAGUCUGAAGAUCUCAUGCCAUUUGGUUCAUGUUCUGGAUUCAAUGGAACUUUUGAUGGCCAUAAUGGAAGCAUGAUCAGGAUCAAUGAGCAUGUUAAACCUGAGAAUGAAAAUGGAAAGUCUACCCCUGGUUCUGGAAUCCAAGACCAUGGUGUUCAGUUGUUGAGCGAGGCUUGCAGGGAUGAGGAACAGUGUGGAACGGCUGUAUUGGAGGAUAUGGAUGGUGCAAGAAAUAGUGUGUGCUAUUCUUUGGAAGAUGCACCAAAGUCUUCAUUAUACGAUUUAUCACCCCUUGAUAGGUACCAGCCGGAAGGGAGCACUUUUGGAGUCUCAUUUGAUAAAAAUCUCACCAAGGAAGGCAAAGAUUUUUCUGGUUCUGAUGUAUCAAGAAAUCAUGAGUCGGUUGUCGGCACAAACGACUCUCCUGUACCAAAAGAGAACCCACCACCCAAGCCAACAAUAUUAAGGUUUAAAUCAAAUAAGAUUUUCAGGGACUCCAAAAGUCCUUCUGAACUGAAGUCCCUCAGUGUUGUGGAUGCCCCCAUCAAUGCUGGAGGUGAUGUAUUGUCUAAAAGUCCCUCAUACACUAAAAGAAAUCCGGUUUCUGGAGUACAAGCAUAUGAGAGUCUGGAUGGACCAAGUUCUACCCAGAAAUUGCAAGCUGAUUGGAACAUGAAUUUGGAUGAUGCUGUCAGAAGGGCCACAUCACAUCGGUUGAGAGCCAGUCUAGAAGGUUAUAGUGGUGAAAUAGGCGAAGGUACUUCAAAGGCCAGCAGCCAAAAUCAUGAGGCGGAAGUGGAGUUCCCUGAAGCUGCAACUGAGGCAAUGCAUAGCACAAGAUCCUUGAGGUUGAAGGCAUCUUCACGGGAAACAGACGUCAGCCAUAACCUUAUGGCUAGAGAGGGUAAUAUCUUAGACACAGUAUGGUCAUCAAAAAGUGCAGAUAAGUUAUCCAAGAAAGAAUUUGAUCAGCUCUCGUCAGAAGAAUGGAUACGAACUUCAGAAAUGGUUGUCAGAUCUAGGUCUACCAGACACAGUGGAGACAGUUAUUACGAUAAUGGCCGAAAUGCUUCAGUUGGAAGGAAGUCACAUGUUGAACUAAGAAAAUCAAACUGGCUAUUGUUGUCUGGGCAGGAGGAGGGAUAUCGUUACAUCCCACAGCUAGGUGAUGAAGUUGUAUACUUAAGACAGGGCCAUCAAGAGUACAUAGUAAAAUCAAGUUGCUCAAAAGAAGUAGGUCCUUGGAAAAAAUUUGGGGAAAGCAUCAGAGCCGUGGAAAUUUGUUUGGUGGAGGGCCUUGAUUAUGCCACACUUCCAGGGUCUGGAGAGAGCUGUUGUAAAAUUACCCUUAAAUUCAUAGAUUCUUCUUCCAAAGUGUUUGGCCACAAAUUCAAAUUGACUCUGCCUGAACUGAUUAACUUCUCGGAUUUUAUUGUUGAGAGAACACGGUAUGAUGCUGCUAUUGUUAAAAAUUGGACUUGUAGGGAUAAAUGCCUGGUCUGGUGGAGAGACGAGAGUGAGGAAGGUGGUAGUUGGUGGGAAGGUCGGAUUUUUGCUUCAAAAGACAAAUCUGAUGAAUUUCCUGGUAGUCCAUGGGAAAGGUAUGGUAUCCGGUACAAGAGUGAUCCUAAUGCUAGCCAUGAACAUAGUCCUUGGGAACUACAUGAUCCGGACAGUCGAUGGGUGCACCCACAUAUUGAUCAUGAGAUGAGAAACAAGAUGCUAUCUUCUUUCACUAAAUUACGGCGGUUGGCAAGCAGAAAUCAGGAUAAUCUCGGGAUUCUAAAAUUGGAACAAGUUGCUCAGAAGUUGGAUUUCUUAAAUAGGUUUCCCGUUCCAUUGUCUCCUGGAAUAAUCGAGUCAAGAUUGGAAAACGAUUACUAUCGGAGCUUGGAAGCAAUAGGGCACGACAUUAUGGUAAUGAUAUCAAAUGCUCAAGCUUACUUUGCAAAAAAUGCAGAAUUUUUAACGAAGAUGAGACAUCUAUCAGACUAUUUUACCAGAACAUUGUCAAAGUUGUAA